AUGACAGGGGAAAAAUACCUUGAGAUUCAUCAGCACCAAAAAUGGGAGUGGUCUGCCACGGAGGAAUCUCUGAACAGACAAAAGGCCUUCCUGGACCAUUACCUUCUGGGGUCACCAACAGAAAUACAGUUCUGGCCCAGAGUUCGAUAUGCCAUGAGGGAGCGCUAUUAUGUUGGCGAAUGGCGGCAUGCUAGCGCCUUUCCUAUCCCGGAAACACAGUAUACCAAGCUAUUUCCAACACCCACUGGUGGUUUGAGUAAGAUUUCCCAACCCGCGGAGCACCAGGUUUCGUAUGACGCAAAUGAGAGCGAGGUGGCCUUUGAACUCCCUCUGCUUAACUCCUUCGAGUUUGCCGGACAUGCAAAACUCAGGCUUUGGGUGGAAGUUGCAGAGGGGGGCGACAAUAUGGACCUUUUUAUCACGCUACGCAAAAAGGACAGAGAGGGAAAUGACGUACACUUUCCCUGGCUUACUAUUAUCGACAACGGACCGAUUGGGUUCGGUUGGCUCCGAGCUUCACGCCGAGAACUCGACGAGGCUCAGUCCACACCCUGGCGUCCGGUGCACCUACACCGCCGGGACCUGGAGCCCUUGAAGCCCGGCGAUGUGGUUUGCGUUGAUAUCGAGAUACAACCUACCAGCUGCCGUUUCAGAGCCGGUGAUAAACUGAACCUCGUGAUUUCCGGUCACGACUACGGCAAAUAUCCCCCAGGUCUUCCAAUUGCCCGUCACAGCGACACGGUAAACAAAGGACGUCAUAUCAUUCAUUUCGGCAACAAAUACGAUUCGCACCUCCUGCUCCCUGUCAUCCCUGCCGUCAAAAACUCCUACAGCCAGAAGAAAUCGUUGAUCAAAAUGACCAUCGCAUGCAGACGAAUUCCAGGUUGGUCCGAAGAGAGGUUUUUGGAAGAAUACACUGGUGUUCAUGCGGGAAUGACAAGACACAUUUCAAACGUGGUACCCAUCCUACGCAAUUACACUCAAGUCGUUGGACUCCCCCAUGUCGAUGUCAAAGGCAUACCCACUGGCGGCUUGGCUGCCUGGGAUGCCGUCACAACACUUGGCUGGACAACCUUGGAUGGCCUCUGGGGGUCAUUCCAAAGCCCGUCGUACAAAGCCUCGGCCGGCAGCCACGUCUUUGCCGAUAUCUCAUCACAGACCGGAAUACUCAGCCAGUCAUUUGCAGAGAUCAUGUUCGAUCCCACUGGGUUCGAGAGGCGGGGUAAGAAAGCAGCUAUGCUUCUAGUAUUACUGGCGAGAUCACGCGCCGGAGCAAACUCAGAUCCCAGCGAAGCGGACCUCGAAGCUCGCUCGGAUCACAUUGGGAAAGUUGGAGCCGGCACUGGUCUGCUGAGAUACGUUCUGAACCGAGCCGUCGUUCCUUCAAAUAUUGGAUCUUUCUUCGAGGGGACUCCCUUCAGCACAGCUGACUGGACGACCAUGGCGGCAUUCGAGCAGUACUGGUUCUCUGAUCGCAAGUCGGUCGUUGCCUUCCUUGCCGAGAACGAGAGAUCCAACAAGAUCUUUGGUACUCUGCCCAAGUCUUUUGACUUGAUUAAGUCUUUUGCUGUCAUUGGCGACGAGAACAUUGUAGUGGAAAAGGAACUAUCUUUCUAA